UGACAGAUCUUACCAUGUGCUAAAAUCAAAAUAAUUAAUAUUUAACAAUGGGUUCUAAAUUUCGUGGCAAAAAUACAAAUUCCAAACACAAACCAAAUAAAUCAAAAUUCAAACGACAUAAUGGUAAAUCGAAACCAAAACAGAAGCAAAAUCAAAACAAACACAGUUCAAGAUUUUUGGCAAAAGUGCAAAACCAAGAGGCUGAGGAAAGGUUAAAAAAACAACGCAUGAGAGACUUAGAAAUACAAAAUCAGCAAAGUGAUAGCUCUGAGGAGGAGCAGGUUGAAAAUCCAUUGAAUAUGCUUCUUUCGUCUUUUAAUAAUAGAGAGGUAAAGGACAGUAAGGCUUGCAGUUCUGAUGAAGACUCCAUUGGGAGUGAUUCUGAUGAUGACGAAAAUUUAGAUGACGAAAACUUAGAUGAUGAAGAAUUAGAUGACGAAGAUAUGUCUGAUGAAGAUAACAAAGAUGAUAAUUUAGAAGAUAACGAGGAUGCUGAAAUGCACUCAGACAACGAUGAAUCAGAUAAUAAAGAAACCCAAGAAAAAAUUGAUCUUCCAGGUUCUGCAGAUGCUACGGAAGAUUUACCAGCGUCCGACAACUUCAGCAUGCACCUAGAUCACGAAUUAAGCCCGGAGUUACUAAAUAUCUUGUCAAAUAAACCUGUAAAAUCAUCAAAUCAUGAAUUAACAUGGCCUGCGCUGGGUAAGUUAUUUGUAGAUAUUCCAACAUGUGAUAAACCGGUUGAUAAAACCAUUAAAACCCUUGACGAUGAUGUUACGUAUGCAACAGAAGGCACAAAGCCUGAACGUAUUGAUUUAAAUAAAUUAGACUGGUUAAAAAUUGGUUUGAAACAACAAUUGAUACCACAUGUGGUAAAAGAAGUAACACCUUUACAAUCGGAACUGUUUUCUAUAAUGAAUAAUUACCAAGAUUUGUAUUAUCCUAACCGCACUUUACAAAAUGGUGAAGAAGUGAGGUACACGUAUUGUUUGCAUGUUUUAAAUCACGCGCUUAAAACCAGGACUAAAGUUUUGCACCAUAAUUCCAAAAUUUUGCAAAACAAGAAUGAAGUUCCUGAUCGGUUUAGAGAUCAAGGUUUUGUGAGGCCGCGGAUUUUGAUUGUCGUACCAUUUCGUGAUAGUGCUUUAAAAAUUGUUAAAAUUUUAACAAAUUUGCUUGUCCCGAAUAGAGGUGGAGGUGUGCAAAAUAGUUUACGGUUUGAGCAAGAGUACGGGGGUGAAAGUAUAGCUUUUCCUAAACACAACCCCAAACCCGAAGACUACGAACAGUUGUUUACAGGAAACACCGACGAUACGUUUAAACUCGGCGUGGCGGUUACCAAAAAAAGUAUAAAACUGUACGCUGAUUAUUACGGUUCUGAUAUUAUAAUCGCGUCCCCCUUGGGUCUACGUAUGUCCGUAGGUGCACCCGGAGAGUCUCACAGAGACUACGACUUUCUUUCAUCCGUAGAACUACUUGUAAUGGACCAAGCAGACGUAUUUUUAGCCCAGAAUUGGGAUCACAUUCUCCAUACAAUGGAGCACAUGCAUUUACAACCAAAAGAGUCUCACGAUACAGAUUUUGCACGUGUACGCAUGUGGGCUUUGAAUGGUCACACCCGAUUGUACAGACAAACCAUACUUUUAUCAUCACACGAUAUACCACAGUUGCGUGCUUUUGUACGUGGACGGUGCUCCAACUACAGGGGCUCAGUACGUGUAGUAAAUCCUGUAAUCGGAGGCUCCAUACGCGAAGUUGUAGUCACAUUACCUCAAGUAUUCCAUCGAAUAACUUGUGCUACAGCUGCUGAAGCUAUUGACGCACGUUUUAACUAUUUCACCAAAAAAGUCUUGGGGCAGUACCGGAGCCCUGCAAUGGCCCAGUGUUUAUUAUACAUCCCCGACUACUUCGACUACGUACGUUUACGCAACUAUUUCAAACGCGAAGAAAUAAACUUCACACAAAUCUGCGAGUACACGAAAGACUCCAAGAUGGCACGAGCAAGAGACAUGUUCUUCCACGGUAUAGCCCCCAUAAUGCUGUAUUCAGAACGAGCACACUAUUUCAGAAGAUCUCGUAUCAAAGGGAUAAGACAUAUAAUUUUCUAUCAGCCUCCAGGAUGGCCACAUUUUUAUUCUGAGAUGUGCAAUUUGAUGCAGGAAGCUAACCAGAAUCGCAAGACUGGUGUUGAUAAUAAUAUGACUGUUACGAUUUUGUUCACGAAACAUGAUUUAUUGCAAGUGGCUGGUAUCGUUGGAACGGAGAGGGCUGGACAGUUGACACAUUCGAAUAAGGAUGUACAUAUGUUUAUGACUGGGGAUUGA